AUAAAUAAAUGGAAAAGCGCCACUUCGCCAGCAGUCUUCCAUUGGAAAUACUAAAAGCAACAUUCAAAAUUUAAAAACCAUGUCUGAUGUAAACAUUAAUGUUACCUGCGAAUGCCACCAUCGUCGAGGACUACUCUACGUAGCGCGUCCCUGGGCUUGGGGACGUCCUUGCCGCAGGUGUCAAAGGAUGAUGUCCCGAAGUAUUGUGGUGGUCCCCACCACAGCAACAGCUACUACUACAAACACCACAACCACGGUCCCAAUCGUAGUAUCUUCAUACUAGAACAAUAUAAUAUUAACAUGGUCUUCACAUCAAAUAAAGAGCAUUUAAAAAUUA